CGAUUCACCAAUCACAGACCAAAAUUCCGGUUUUCCUUCUCAGCCAAUAGAUCCCACGGAAAAGUACAUCCAGGAGACCAAUCGAUAGGGAAGACGGCCUGUCCUCUUAGCCAAUCAGGAUGUCCUAAAUUUUAACGACUGAUCGCCAUGGUGGACCUGUUCACAGGAGUAACCUUGAUAAAGAAUAACAGGGACAGAGACGAACUCGACACCCAGCAGCAACUGGACAACACGCUGCGAAACAAGGUGGUGCUCCUGUACUUUGGUUCAAGCGACUGCCCCAGAUGCCAGGCGUUCGCCCCUGCACUGAGGGACUUCUCCAAACGGCUGAUGGACGAAUAUUACGUCGAUCGAGCAGCUCAGCUAGCGCUGGUGUACGUUUCCCAGGAUCAAACCGAGGAGAGACAGCAGUGUUUCCUCAAGACGCUGCAUAGGAAGUGGCUCUUCCUACCAUUCCAAGACAAAUACGGAAGAGACUUACAAAGAAUGUAUGAUGUCAAGGAGAUCCCAUGCAUCAUUGUUCUUAAACCCAAUGGAGAUCUUAUCACCAGGAAUGGUGUGGUAGAGAUCGCCACCAUGGGGGUGAAUUGUUUGAAGAACUGGUGGGAAGCGUCGGACAUAAUUGACAGGAAUUUCCUUCUGGCAGAAGAUUUUGAGGAAUGGUCCUGGAAGAGUCUGACAGACCCCUUAAGGCAGCUCAAGUACAGAGUUAAAAAGAUGGGCACAGAAAGGGACAAUGAAACAGAGUGA